AUGCUUCAAAACGUACUGCCCUAUCCUGGCACUGGUUCUGCUCAAAAAUUCUGUGGUGAUUAUUCAAUACGAAUAGCACAUGCGUAUUUGGGACAUAUUCAACAACAAUGGGCCGCAUUCAUUCAUCGCGAUUUUCCAUCAACCAUUACAAUAAUAAAUAUCAUUUCAAGUGAAAUAUUAACUGAGGAUGAUGAAACAAUUAGUAACACCGAAAGUCAAACGUCACUAAGCGAAGAAUCAACAAUUGAACAACCAACAAGUGAAGAAUCAAUGAAUGAAGAAUCAACGAAUGUAGAAUCCGAAACACCGGAGUAA